AUACUAAUUAAUCAUUAUGUUGACUUCACGUCGCUCCAGGAAAUGUGAGAUGGAGCGUCAUAGUAAUCCUUAAACAAGAUCCAAAAAAUUAAUUUCUUUGGAGUACAACAAAUAUAAACCUGUUAUCUUAACUGUUUCACAUAAUUAAUGUAAAUUAUUAUAUCACGAUAUUUUGACAAGAAAAAUUUUGUUUUGACUGCUUAACCUGUCUGGUGAACUUUUGUUCAAGGAUAUAUAAAACAAAUUUAAAAAGAAAAAUAUGACGACCAUGGAAAUUUAUGCAGAUGCCGUAUACAAGAUCUUUCCUUCCCACGUAUCUUAAAUCUCAUCUAAGGAAACACACAUCCAGGCUGAAGAUAUCCACUUAAUUUGAAAUAUCCAAGUCGUACAUAAUUCCCAGACAAGAUUACAAAAUGAUUUCGCACUAGAGACGUAUCAAGGAUCAAGGAUCUCAAACAAGGACAAAAAUGAACCCACACAUUAUGAUCGCUAGCGUGAUGGCCACUGCUUCUGUCGCCCUUAUCGGAUUUCUAGCCUACAAAAUCGGAUUUCGAUCGAACGAUUCAUUUAACUUGCCGCUUUUGAACGACGACAGCUCUCUCGAGGAAGAUCUCAGAGAUAUCCUUGCGUUCGUGCCGUUUAACGAGGUGAAGGAGAUCGUCGAGAAAUAUAUGAAAUACGAUGCUCAGAUAGGGGACACCGUGAGUUUCGUGAGUGAUCAGAAGAGAUUCAUCGUACGAGAAUUUCAGAGAAUGCCUCAAUUGAACAAGCUGAUCGUGUCUUUGCGACAAGACGGCCUGAACGUCGAUUCGUGGUACGAAAAAGUUCGAAGCUUUUGGAAAACGUCGCCAAGGUUCGUCAGAAACGAUCCCAGCAUCGCGAAAGGCGGCUUGACCGUCAUGAUCAACACCACCCUGAAUACUAUACCACUGGACGAGCUGCACGAGUUUCUAUUACAAAAAGUGAAAUACUCGAGAAGCUUUCGUAGAUUUUUGCAAAUGCUCAAGUCAAAGGAUUUCAGGGACUUUUGCAAGGCUGUCGAAGACAAUGCUGUGCUGCAUCAUCAUUAUUUUUGGGCUAAGGAGAGCGGGUUGGAAAUCACGUUCGCCAUCGAAUUGUUCACCGAACUGCACACUUAUUUCACGCAGACCUUGCUUCUGCAGGGUUAGAAAUUCUUGAAGAUUAGUUAAAAAUUAACAUUUCGAUGAUUGAAAUAUACUCUGUCGACCACUUGUGAUGCUUUAUGAUAAUUUAUAUGAAAAUUUUAUUGACAGUGAGAAGAAAGGAGUUAGUCGGAAAUUACAUUAAACACUGAAUUUUGAUUGCAGAUAAAAAUUUAAUCAAUCAUAUUUGAUAAUUUGGUUUAACAAUUUAAAAUUACAUCUAACAUAGCAGAUAUUUGCAUCUGAAAGUUUACUUAUUGAAGGGUGCCAGGAUUAAGAAAAUCGGGUAGUAAUGGUGGAAUGAUUCUUUAUCUACGCCGACUCGUUCCGCGCGAUUUUCUAGUUUCGAAAGGAUUUCACUCUGCAACACGGAGUUGUAGAAAUUUAAGAAUUCAGCGCUCGUGAUCUCAUUAAUCAAUCCUUUGAACGCU